AUGCUUGAAGCCAAGCCAGUCUCAACACCUCUGGGAGCCCAUCUGAAGCUGAGCUCUGCAACUGAAGAGCAGAUAGCGCAAGAUGAAGAGUUUAUGAAGUCAGUUCCUUAUUCAAAUGCUGUUGGCAGUAUCAUGUACGCAAUGACAGGAACCCGUCUUGAUCUUGCCUAUCCAGUAGGGAUCAUCAGCCGGUACAUGAGCAACCCUAUCAAAGAUCACUGGAAUGGAGUAAAGUGGGUCAUGAGAUAUAUCAAGGGUACUCUGACCACAAAGAUGUUGUUCAAAAGGAGUUCUGAGUUCAAGAUCACUGGUUACUGCGAUGCUGACUUUGCUGCAGACCCUGAUCGAAGAAGAUCAAUCACUGGUUUGGUGUUCACUCUUGGAGGAAACACUAUAAGCUGGAAAUCAGGAUUGCAGCGAGUUGUUGCCUUGUCUACGACAGAGUCUGAGUAUAUGUCGUUGACUGAAGCUGUGAAGGAAGCCGUAUGGCUUAAAGGGUUACUGAAGGAGUUUGGUUAUGAUCAGAAAAGUGUGGAGAUUUUCUGUGAUUCUCAAAGUGCUAUAGCACUCUCCAAGAACAAUGUGCAUCAUGAACGAACGAAGCACAUCGAUGUCAAGUGUCACUACAUACGGGAGAUCAUUGCUAGUGGUGACAUUGAUGUUGUGAAGAUUUCAACUGAGAAGAAUCCGGCUGAUAUCUUCACGAAGACUCUGGCAGUUAGCAAGUUUCAAACCGCUUUGAACUUGCUACAUGUCAGCCCUGAGUAG